CUUAUUUAUACUCUUUGUUUUGCUCUGUGAAACACUGCAUCAACUUUUAGCAUCACUUUCAGUUUUGUGAAACUGCUAAGAGACGAAAAAGACAGAGAGAAGGUAGACACAGCCAUGUCCACUACCAGUACAGUUCUGGCUUCCACUCUAACGCCAAGGUUAUUAGGCAAAGUGGCAUUGGUUACAGGUGGGGCAUCUGGAAUUGGAGAAAGCAUUGUCCGCCUAUUCCAUAUCCAAGGUGCUAAAGUAUGCAUAGCAGAUGUUCAAGACAACCUUGGAAAGCAAGUGUGUGAAUCCCUUGGUGGUGAAGCAAAUGUUGUCUUUCUGCAUUGUGAUGUUACCAUAGAGGAUGAUGUUUCCCGUGCAGUGGACUUCACUGUGGAGAAAUUUGGCACCCUUGACAUCAUAGUCAACAAUGCUGGAAUUUCUGGAUCACCUUGUCCUGAUAUCCGUGACAUACAGUUAUCAGAAUUUGAUAAGGUGCUUGACAUAAAUUUGAAGGGAGUGUUUCACGGCAUGAAGCAUGCUGCUCGAAUUAUGAUCCCAGAAAAGAAAGGGUCAAUUGUUUCUUUGAGCAGUGUGGCUAGUGCCUUAGGUGGAAUAGGAAUACAUGCAUACACAGCAUCAAAACAUGCUGUUGUGGGGCUAACAAAGAGUGUUGCAGCUGAAUUGGGGAAUCAUGGUAUAAGAGUGAACUGUGUUUCACCUUAUGCUGUUGCAACAGGUUUGGCUUUGGCCCAUUUGCCUGAGGAGGAGAGAAAUGAGGAUGCCUUGGCCAGUUUUCGAGAUUUUACUGGGAGAAUAGCCAAUUUGCAGGGUGUGGAGUUAACUGCUCAUGAUGUGGCUAAUGCUGUUCUCUUCCUUGCAAGUGAUGAGGCAAGAUAUAUCAGUGGAGACAAUCUCAUGGUUGAUGGUGGCUUCACUAGUGUGACUCACUCACUCCAUCUUUAUAGAUGAUUUUCAAUGUUUGUUUGUUAGCAGUUUCAUUUGAGACAUUGCAAUCAUUAAGUUUACUGCAAGGAUUUUCAGUAAACAUACAAAUAAUAUGAUUAUUCUGGUUCAACGUA